AUGAGUAACAACAAUAUAAGAAAUUUUGAUUUGAACGAAUGUUCAGUGGAAGAUUUUUCUGUGGAGAAUGAUUAUUCGGAAGUAAUCGUUGAACAUUUCGAUUGUAAUAUUGGGGAGAAAGACGUGUUAGAAGGUGACAUUAUUAGUAGUAUUGAGAAAGAAAAUCUUGUAUCUUCUAAUCAGAAUGUUGAGAUCAAUGAGUUUUUAGAAGAAGUUGAUAAUGGUGGAGCGAGUAAUGAGACAAAUAUUCUUCCUUUUGUUGGUCAAAUUUUUCUUAGUGAAGAAGAAGCAUUUGUCUUUUACAAGAGAUAUGCAUAUCAACAUGGAUUCUCAAUUAGAAAGGGUAGAUUCAUCAAACAAAAUGGAAUUAUUAGCCGGCGAGAUUUUUUUUGCCAUUGUGAAGGUAAAGUCCCCUUGAAAAUCAUAGAACCAUCAAAAGAACAGCGAAAAAGAGAAACAUGUAAAGCUCAUUUGUGA